UCUGCAGACGAGGCAGAAUAUCCAGAAAUGCAGGAUGAAGACUGGACCAGUGAGCCUGUAUCAGUGUGUUCGGAGGGCAGCGCCGCCCGCGCCAGGGAACAGCUCGCGAUGGCUUGUUCCGUGGUGCUCGAGCGCCUCCGCGGCGACGCGACUGUUCACAGUGGAGACAAACCAUACCGCUGCGAACACUGUGGCCAGCAUUUCAUGAACAAGUCUGUUUUACGAGAACACAUUCAACACACCCACUCAUUGACCGGAGAGAAACCAUUUGCUUGUGAUUUUUGUAGUUCUACGUUUCAAACCGGAUUGCUUGUAACAGAACAUGAGAAGAGCGAACACGGUGUUACAAAUUUCAUGUGUGCUGAAUGUGAGUAUACAACAAGUUCCAAGAAAAUUUUGGAGACUCAUUUAAAGAGUCACACUUUGGAGAAUAAUUUUAAGUGUAGUCACUGUAGUUAUACAAGUUCUCGUAAAAGUGAUUUACACAAACACCAAACAACACACAUUGCUGGAAAUCCUAUUAAGUGUAGCGACUGUAAUUUCAAAUGCAAUGAUGAAUCAAAAGUGCGACGUCACCAGAAGACACACAACCGUAGGCACCAGAGUAUUAUUACUAGAAAAAAACCUUACAAAUGUAGUUAUUGCAACUACAAGUGCAGUGCUAGUUCUUUGUUACGAAGACAUGAAAGGACACAUACUGGCGAAAAGCCUUUUCAGUGUAGCCACUGUGAUUACAAAUGCAGUCAGAAGGCAAACUUACAACUACACCUGAUGAUACAUACUGGGGCGAAGCCAUUUCAGUGUAGUCACUGUGAUUACAAAUGCAAUAAGAAGUCACACUUACAAAAACACCUGAUAAUACAUACUGGGGCGAAGCCAUUUCAGUGUAGCCACUGUGAUUAUAAAUGCAGUCAGAAAUCAAACUUACAAAAUCACCUGAUGAUACAUACUGGGGCGAAGCCAUUUCAAUGUAGCCACUGUGAUUACAAAUGCAGCCAGAAGUCACACUUACAACAACACCUGACGAUACAUACUGGAGCGACCCCAUUUCAGUGUAGCCACUGUGAUUACAAAUGCAGCCAGAAGUCACACUUACAACAACACCUGAUGAUGCAUACGGGGGUGAAGCCAUUUCAUUGUAGCCACUGUGAUUACAAAUGCAUUCAGAAGUCACAAUUACAACUGCACCUGACGAAACAUACUGGGGCGAAGCCAUUUAAAUGUAGCAUCUGCGACUACAAGAGUAAUCGGAAAGAACACUUACUAGUUCACCAAAGAAUACACACCAGAGAGAAGCCAUACACAUGUAGUCAUUGCGACUACAAGUGCACUAAUAGUUCAGCCUUACGAAUUCAUGAAAGGACACAUACUGGCGAGAAGCCUUUUCAGUGUAGCCACUGUGAUUACAAAUUCAGUCAGAGAUCAAGCUUACAGCAGCACCUGAUGAUACAUACUGGGGCGAAGCCAUUUAAAUGUAGCGAUUGCGACUACGAAUGCAGAUGGAAAUCAUGUUUAAAAAUACACCAGUCGAAUCAUACAACGGCGAAACUAUAA